AUGGGCUUCCACAGAUCAUCCAAGGGCAUCAACAUCAAGGAUAAGCACAUCCUCACUGCUUACUGCCAGCGAGAAUCCGGGGAAUCUAAAUAUUCAGAGCUAGAUCUGAAUGAGUUUAUUGGGGUAAACAAGGGGCAAUUGGCCUGGGGCUCCCACGACUUCUCCAAAAGUUCGCGCAAUGUUAAUUUCAAGCUAGAAGGCCCCGACAACGAGCCUAUGCUUUCUGCGCAAAUCGAUGAUGGCGAAGGAAAUAUUCAAGAGAGCAAGGUGAAUCUGGGAGAUUGCAUUAAAAACGUGGAUGGUAAUAUGAGUUUCAUGGAAUGUUUCUAG